CAGCAAUGGCGGACGAAAAACCCAAGGAGAGUGUGAAGACUGAAAACAACGACCACAUUAAUCUGAAAGUGGCUGGUCAAGAUGGCUCAGUGGUGCAGUUCAAAAUUAAGAGGCACACACCGCUUAGCAAAUUGAUGAAGGCAUAUUGCGAAAGACAGGGACUAACAAUGAGGCAAAUUAGAUUCCGGUUUGAUGGGCAGCCAAUCAACGAGACAGACACUCCUGCACAGUUGGAAAUGGAGGAUGAAGAUACGAUUGAUGUAUUCCAGCAACAGACAGGAGGCCUCAUAUGAAAUAUCCGACUUCACCCAACCAUCAGCACAGCUCUUUCCCAUCUUCUACCCGCUUGGUUUUCUGAUCUUUCCACACAAAGCUACUGCAGCACAGAC